UGUAUUCAGCACAAUUUUCAGUCUAGUAUGAAAUAAACUGAAGGUCAAGGGGUCAGAGGGUAAAGGCUAUUCCCCCAGCAUUCUCGCCUGUAGGAUUCACAGCCAUCUUGGAUCUGCGAGGAGAGGGUAAAUUAAUGCGGUGACAAACGGAAUGUUCAGUGCAACGAGAAAGAAGUUUGGUGAGGGGGUCGAGAGUGACUACCCUGAUGAGAGCAUGUACUACCAGCCGUCAAUGUUCCCGCAUCGAUCGGAGAAAGACAUGCUGCCAUCACCCUCGCCGUCAUCGUCAGGUCAAUUGUCACAGCUUGGUGCGAGUUUGUAUGGUCCGCAAAGUGCACUAGGUUUCUCAAUGAGCAACAUACAACGUAUGAGCAACAACAAUCCUCAACUGAACCGGAGUUUAACACAAGGCACUCAGUUACCGAGCCAUAGCACCCCAACAACAGGCGUCCCAACAAUGUCCCUCCACACACCACCUUCGCCGAACAGGGGCAUCCUGCCCAUGAACUCCAGGAACAUGAUGAGCUCGCAGGUAGGGCAGGGCAUGGGCAUGAGCGGCAGGACCAACAGCAUGGGCAGCUCUGGCCUGGGCAGCCCGAACCGCAGCUCUCCCAGCAUUAUCUGCAUGCCUAAACAGCAGCCAGCACGCCAGCCAUUCACCAUCAACAGUAUGUCAGGAUUUGGAAUGGGCCGGAGCCAGGGGUUUGGAAUGAACUCCUUAUCCAAUAACAUCUUCAACGGGACAGAUGGGAGUGAAAAUGUGACAGGAAUAGACCUCUCAGAAUUCCCAGCACUUGCAGACAGAAGUCGGAGGGAGGGAAACGGCAACCCAACACCUUUGCAUAAUCCGCUGGCUGGAAGGGCACCCUAUGUUGGAAUGGUCACAAAGCCAUCGAACGAACAGUCGCAGGACUUCUCGAUUCACAACGAAGACUUCCCUGCCCUACCCGGGCCCAACUACAAGGACCCAACAUUGAGCACGGAUGAAAGCAAAUCAAACUUGAACUCCUCAGGCAAGGGCAGCUCAAGUGCAGAUGGACCCAAAUUUCCCGGCGACAAGACAUCAUCAGCACAGAAUAACAACCAGCAAAAGAAAGGGAUCCAGGUGUUGCCUGAUGGCAAGGUAACAAACAUUCCCUCAGGAAUGGUGACGGAUCAGUUUGGAAUGAUUGGACUCCUGACAUUCAUCCGGGCAGCUGAGACGGACCCUGGAAUGGUUCAUCUGGCUUUAGGAAGCGACCUAACAACGCUAGGACUCAACCUCAACUCUCCAGAGAAUCUGUAUCCUAAGUUUGCAUCUCCCUGGGCUUCAGCUCCAUGUCGACCACAAGACAUUGACUUCCAUGUUCCUUCAGAGUACUUAACCAACAUUCACAUAAGGGACAAGCUGGCUGCAAUAAAACUGGGGCGAUAUGGUGAAGACCUGCUGUUCUACCUCUACUACAUGAACGGAGGAGACCUCUUACAACUCCUCGCUGCCGUUGAGCUGUUCAACCGGGACUGGCGGUACCAUAAAGAGGAAAGGGUUUGGAUUACAAGAGCACCUGGCAUGGAGCCCACGCUAAAGACCAACACCUACGAGAGAGGAACAUACUACUUCUUUGAUUGUCAUAACUGGAGGAAGGUCGCUAAGGAGUUUCACCUGGAAUACGACAAGCUAGAGGAGCGGCCUCACGUGCCAACCACCUUCAAUUACAAUCCGGCCCAGCAGGCCUUCUGAAGCUGCGUCCAUCAGCACCCGUGAGCUCUUGGAGCGAUCGGCCAGAGACAGCCAGCCGACCUGCCCGACCACAAAAAACCUGGUUUUAUUCCUCAACUGUCUGGACAAGGACUGCGGGAGGGGGAGGGGGGGUGGCGGGGGUCUCCACCUUGAGAACUGGGGGGGAGGGACCCUGCCUUACAAAUUAUGUGCUGCCCGAACACACAAAAAAAAACACUUCUAUAUAUUUUCAUUCUGUUUUUAAAUUCCCCUCUUACGUUUUUUUUCUUCUUCUUCUCCCUCCAUUUCAUUUCGAGCAGGGUCAAUGUUUUGUUUACUCCUCUGAUGGAAAGCCCCUUUUGGUGUUUGCCUGGAGUCUUUGAAGUUGCAGUACAGCACACAAACACAUCCAUUGGUAUUAAAGAGAAAAAAAACCCAGCAGUUCGCGCUUUGUUUUCCGAAGCGCGCUGCGCUACCAAACAGGACAGACACAAAGACAAAUCCAAUACAUGUGAAAACACAAGGGCAAAAGAAAAUGCAAUGUUCAUUGUUGCACUAUUUAGUAAUAAAAGAACACAAAAAUUG